UGGCGCACCAUGGGCGGGUGGAUGGCCUGUUUAUAAACCCAGAUCUCUCCUCGUGGGCGGGAACAGCAACAGUAGAGAGUGAAAGCGGAGGGACAGAGUGAGAGAGACGGUGGAGGAGAAGAGGCUGUGGUGGCGGCUGUGGCUGACCGGGGAUCGCGGAGGGGGCGAGGCGGCCGCCCCUGAAUGCCUCUUCAACCGCGCAUGGACGACCACCUCAGCCUCCUGCAAUCACCCCCGCUGAGCGUUACCAAAACCCGGGGCGACAAUCUGGUGAACCACGGAUACACCGAGACAGAGACCGACGUGAUGACGGUGGUGGCGUGUGACAACAUGCUGGAAGAGUCGGUGGCUCUCCCGGGCCACCACUCUCUGGACCGAUAUGAACCGGAUCAUGAAUGCUGCGAGAGGGUCGUCAUCAACAUCUCGGGGUUACGCUUCGAGACCCAGCUCAAGACUCUCUCCCAGUUUCCAGAGACACUUCUGGGAGACCCCAAGAAGAGGAUGAGGUACUUUGAUCCUCUCAGAAACGAGUACUUUUUUGAUCGAAAUCGACCCAGCUUUGACGCUAUACUUUAUUACUAUCAGUCUGGCGGGCGCAUCAGGAGACCCGUUAAUGUGCCCAUUGACAUUUUCUCUGAGGAGAUCCGCUUCUAUGAGCUGGGUGAGGAGGCUAUGGAGAAGUUCAGGGAGGAUGAGGGCUUCAUAAAGGAGGAGGAGCGACCGUUGCCAGAAAAUGAAUUUCAAAGACAGGUGUGGCUGCUUUUUGAAUACCCAGAGAGCUCGGGUCCCGCGCGGGGCAUAGCGAUAGUGUCUGUCCUGGUUAUUCUCAUCUCCAUUGUCAUCUUCUGCUUAGAGACACUGCCGGAGUUCAGGGACGACCACAGGGAUCCGAUCACUAUUGCACCUGCGAUUAAUGGCACACUCCCGUAUUUCACCAGCCCAUUCUCUGACCCUUUCUUUGUUGUGGAGACGUUGUGUAUUAUUUGGUUCUCAUUCGAGCUGCUGGUGCGCUUCUUUGCGUGCCCUAGUAAAGCCAUUUUCUCCAAAAACAUCAUGAAUAUUAUUGACAUUGUGGCCAUCAUUCCCUAUUUCAUCACUCUGGGCACAGAGCUGGCAGAGAGACAAGGAAACGGACAGCAGGCCAUGUCAUUAACCAUUCUGCGCGUAAUUAGGCUUGUUCGGGUGUUUCGCAUCUUCAAACUCUCGCGUCACUCCAAAGGGCUCCAGAUUUUAGGACAGACUCUGAAGGCCAGUAUGCGUGAGCUGGGCCUGCUCAUCUUCUUCUUGUUCAUCGGUGUCAUCCUCUUCUCAAGUGCUGUCUAUUUUGCUGAAGCAGACGACCCAGAUUCGGGGUUCAGCAGCAUUCCAGACGCAUUCUGGUGGGCUGUUGUCACCAUGACUACCGUGGGCUACGGGGACAUGCACCCCGUGACCAUCGGGGGGAAGAUCGUGGGGUCUCUCUGUGCCAUCGCUGGUGUGUUGACCAUUGCUCUGCCCGUGCCUGUCAUUGUCUCCAACUUUAACUACUUUUACCACAGAGAGACGGAAGGGGAAGAGCAGGCACAGUACCUGCACGUGGGCAGCUGCCAGCCCCUCGCGGACACAGAGGAGCUGAGGAAGUCUCGCUCCUCUUCCUCACUCAGCAAGAGCGAGUAUAUGGUUAUAGAGGAGCACGGGAUCAACAGCACGUUCAAACAGCAGCCCAACUUCCUCACCACCACGCAAUACAACUCGGAAAAUUGUGUGAAUAUAAACAAAAAGAUUUUCACCGAAGUGUAGCCAAUUAUAGAGUCAUAGCUCUGAACGCAGGAAGGGUAGUGUGUAAACACACAGCUGUUUCUGUCGCUAUGCUACAGCGUGCGGAAGCAGCGGUAGAUCAGAUGAAUAAACAAAGGAAUAAUGAGGGAGGGGAAGCAAAAUCCUGUCAGUUCAGAGACGCUGCUUUGUGCUCCAUUCACAAAAUCUGUCCUUUUCAUUUCGGUGAUGAGGAUUCAUAAUUCAGUUUUACUUUCGCGCUUGGAGAUAAAGAACUCAUUUAAAAUAUUAGGUCUAGUAUUCUUCGGUGAGUUAGGGAAUUGACCUGUUGUGCAUUGUGAAAUUGCCAAUACAUCAUCACAACAGCCUAUUAGAGGCUUUAUAACUGAAAGAUGAGUAAAAAUGUAUGGUACUCGAAGAGCACAUUGUAGCCUAUUGACAUAGCCUACGUGUUAUGAGUCGUGAUUCGUCAGUCAUAGCCUAUAAUAUUCAGAAUCAUUGAAAUAUGUGUCUGAGUGUUUUAACACAUGUAAUGUCACAGUUUUGCAUAUUAUCUAAAUUAGACCGUUCUGUGAGAUGACUUAGGCCUAAUUGUGCGUUAAAGUCUAGUCAAAAUGUUACUGUCUUUAAAAAAAAUCCCUUAUCCUUUCAUAUGAACUGUCAUGGUGCGAUAUACCUGCUGUCAGUCACUAUCGGUGCAGGACACAGGGAUAAACACAGCGCACACGUACAGCGAUCAAAGAUGGAGCGUGCUUCUCUUUGGAUGCCUCAAAUAUAGCUAUGCCCGCUGUGAUGCAGUCGCCAUGGAGACGUCCGUUUCCUCGGUAACCCCAGUCACCGUUGCCAUGGCACCCUUGCUUCCACAGAAACCUUCCAGAUGGCUUGGAAGCUAUAUCGGAGAUUGUUAUCAAAAAAGCUUGUAUUGAGUCUCUAAUAGGACAGUACGAUUUGCGUGCGUAAAAUACGAGCCCCAAACAUACCGAGCAUUGACACACAAAGCAAAUUGGGAGAACAACGUCUGUUCACACAAUUGCCACUAUUAACUGGGUCCCGAAAUGAACCAGGCACCGCUUGCUAAACCGGAAGAUGUGGAAGGGGAGGCAGCGCGUGAGGAAUUAUGAAUGAACUGGGAGCACGUUGUGUCUGGCUGUCCUGAGUGCGCUACUGCAGGCGCUCAGCAGAGGCUGCUGUUCUCCCACUGAUAAACAUGGUAAAAGUAGCUCAAUUUUUCUGCACAGACCUCCUGGAAACCCUGACGACCCCAAUUAUACUGCCUCCCAUUUAGGGGCGCAAUGACUCUGGUCUUCCUGAUGAGCCAGAUUGGCCAAAGCAAAGAGUUGAGACAGAACUCCCACUGGAUCAAUAUUUCUUCCCCUACCCUCCUCCUGACUGGUGUCCUUAAACCCAGACUGGGUGCCUACCAGUUCUCCCCUUCCAGUGGUACACCACUCAAUCCAAAAUGCAAUUGCUAGAAUGACAAAAAAAACGGACAUAUAAUGUAUUCCACAUACAGUUUUGUAGCUGCAGUAUUCUGACUGCUUUUCUUCUGGAUUUGACACACUGUGAGUGGAUCGAUCACGCCGUCAAAAUGGAUUCAGGCAGCGAGAGAAUUCAGCUGGAUCAGUUUUAUGGACUCUGGCAUUUCUCUAUCUAUCUACUGUUUUCCAUAUAAAAUUGCAAUAUGGCAAAGAACAUCUAAUUCCUGGAUUUAAUGCAGAUUUCUACCCAUUCAUGUUUUAAGGUAAUGAUAUUCAUUAUGGACAAUAACUGAAAAACAGAUUUAGCUUCAAGUCAAAAGUGGCUAAAACUGAGGCCGACCGUGAUUUGCUGAUAUGAAACUGUGAUACAAAUCAAAGACUGUUAGCCAUAUGCCUUUUGUUAAUCUGUGUGCUCUGUAUUGCAGAUGAUACAAAUUGUAUCUGUAUUUGUAAGUGAUACAAACACCUAUGUAUGUGUGCUGGUUGCAGCUAUUCCCCUGUCCUAUACACAUGGAGAACAAUACAGAGGCAUAUAUAUACAUACAUGCACAUACAUGUAUACACGUACCUAUGAAUGGCUCUGUUUUAUCCCAGAGUGCACUGAUAUGUUGGGAUGGGGCAGAAUAACGCCAGUGGAAGGUUGUGUAUGCCAGUAUUUGUUCUGUGCUAUUCUGUGCUGUCUUAAACAUGACCCAUAUAAAGAGAUA